AGUUUGCUUCCGAACUUGGGCCAGAGAACAGGAAGGGCUGCAGAGAAGCUGAAGCGGAGAACAGCAGCGCAGCUGGAGCCUGGAAAAGUUUACUUAAAAGAGAAGCCUCUCUUCAGAAUAAAGACAACUUUUCAGAGACAGAGGUGGCCCAAGAGAAGGGGAAGGAGAUGGAAGAGCAGGACUCAGAAGGACCUGGAACUGAGAAGAGAGCAAGCAAAAGUCUACAUCCCACCCCAGCUGGGAGUGGUGUUGAAUUCUGGGAAAGGGCUGUGCCAGAGGUCCUGGCUAAGAACACCCUGACCUCAGAAGUAUGUUGCCAACACUUCCGGCAGUUCCGCUACCAUGAGGCCGAUGGGCCUCGAGAGGUUUGCAGCCAGCUGCAUGGACUUUGCAGCCAGUGGCUGAAGCCGGAGAGGCACACCAAGAGGCAGAUCCUGGACCUGGUGAUCCUGGAGCAGUUCCUGACUCUCCUGCCCCAGGAAAUGCAGUGCUGGGUCAGAGGAUGUGGGCCGGAGACCAGUUCCCAGGUGGUGGCCCUGGCCGAAGGUUUCCUCCUGAGUCAGGCAGAGGAGAAGAGGCAGGCAGAACAGAAGAGAUUCAGUCAGAGUGGCUGUCUUCAAAGGCAUCUGAGAAUACACACAGGAGAGAAGCCUUUUGAAUGCUCAGUGUGUGGAAAGAGAUUCAAUGAGAAUGGCAGUCUUCAAAGGCAUCAGAGAACGCACACAGGGGAGAAGCCUUUUGAAUGUUCCGAGUGUGGAAAGAGAUUCAUUACGAGUGAUCAUCUUCAAAAGCACCAUAGAACCCACACAGGGGAGAAGCCUUUUGAAUGUUCCGAGUGUGGAAAGAGAUUUAUUACGAGCUAUCAUCUUCAAACACAUCAGAGAACCCACUCAGGGGAAAAGCCUUUUGAAUGCUCAGAGUGUGGAAAGAGAUUCCAUCGGAGUAGCGGUCUUCAAAUACAUCAGAGAACCCAUACAGGGGAAAAGCCUUUUGAUUGCUCAGAGUGUGGUAAGACAUUCAAUUGGAUUGGGAAUCUUCAAGAGCAUCAGAGAACCCACACAGGGGAGAAGCCUUUUGAAUGCUCAGUGUGUGGAAAGAGAUUCAUUAUGAGUUAUCAUCUUCAAAAGCACCAGAGAACUCACACAGGGGAGAAGCCUUUUGAAUGCUCGGAGUGUGGAAAGAGAUUCAGUCAGAAUUGCAGUCUUCAAACGCAUCAGAGAACCCACACAGGGGAGAAGCCUUUUGAAUGCUCAGUGUGUGGAAAGAGAUUCAGUCACAAUGACAGUCUUCAAACGCAUCAGAGAACCCACACAGGGGAGAAGCCUUUUAAAUGCUUGGAGUGUGGAAAGAGUUUCAGUAGAAGGGGCAGUCUUCAAACGCAUCAGAGAACCCACACAGGGGAGAAGCCUUUUGAAUGCUCAGUGUGUGGAAAGAGAUUCAGUGAGAAUGGCAGUCUUCGAACGCAUCAGAGAACCCACACAGGGGAGAAGCCUUUUGAAUGCUCAUUGUGUGGAAAGAGAUUUAGUUCGAGUGGCAGUCUUCAAAAACAUCAGAGAACCCACAUAAGGGAGAAAUCUUUUGAAUGUUCAGAGUGUGGAAAGAUAUUCAGUAACAGUAGCCAUCUUCAAACACAUCAGAGGACCCACACAGGGGAGAAGCCUUUUAAAUGCUCGGAGUGUGGAAAGAGAUUCAGUCGGAGUGACAGUCUUCAAACGCAUCAGAGAACCCACACAGGGGAGAAGCCUUUUGAAUGCUCAGUGUGUGGAAAGAGAUUCAGUCAGAGUAGCACUCUUAAACUGCACCAGAGAACCCACACAGGGGAGAAGCCUUUUGAAUGUUCAGAGUGUGGAAAGAGAUUCAUUACGAAGAGAGAUCUUGGGCAGCAUCAGAAAACUCACACAGGGGAGAAACCUUUUGAAUGCUUGGAGUGUGGAAAGAGAUUUAGUACGAGUGGCAGUCUUCAAAAGCAUCAGAGAACCCACACAGGAGAGAAGCCUUUUGAAUGCUCAGUGUGUGGAAAGAGAUUCAUGUGGGGUGGCAGUCUUCAAUAUCAUCAGAAGAUCCACACAGGGGAGAAGCCUUUUGAAUGCUCAGAGUGUGGAAAGAGAUUCAAUCGGAAUGGCCAUCUUGAAACGCAUCAGAGAACCCACACAGGGGAGAAGCCUUUUGAAUGCUGGGAGUGUGGAAAGAGAUUUAUUGCGAGUUAUGCUCUUCAAAGGCAUCAGAGAAUCCACACAGGGGAGAAGCCUUUUGAAUGCUCAGAAUGUGGAAAGAGAUUCAGUCAUAGUGGCAGUCUUAAACAUCAUCAGAAGAUCCACACAGGGGAGAAGCCUUUUGAAUGCUCAGAGUGUGAAAAGAAAUUCAUGUGCAGUGGCGAUCUUCAAAAGCAUCAGAGAACCCACACAGGAGAGAAGCCUCUUGAAUGCUCAGUGUGUGGAAAGGGAUUCAGUCAUAGUGGCCACCUUCAAUAUCAUCAGAGGACACACACAGGGGAGAAACCUUAUGAAUGCUCAGAGUGUGGAAAGAGAUUCAGUCAGAGUGGCAAUCUUCAAUGUCAUCAGAGAACCCACACAGGAGAGAAGCCUUUUGAAUGCUUGGAGUGUGGAAAGAGAUAUAGUAUAAGUGGCAGUCUUAAAUAUCAUCAGAGAACCCACAGAGGGGAGAAGCCUUUUGAAUGCUCAGAGUGUGGAAAGGGAUUCUUGUGCAGUGGCAAUCUUCAAAAGCAUCAGAGAACCCACACAGGGGAGAAGCCUUUUGAAUGCUUGGAGUGUGGAAAGAGACUUCGUACAAGCGGCAGUCUUCAAUAUCAUCAGAGAACCCACACAGGGGAGAAGCCUUUUGAAUGCUCAGAGUGUGGAAAGAGAUUCAGUCAGAGUGGCAAUCUUCAAAAUCAUCAGAGAACCCACGCAGGAGAGAAGCCUUUUGAAUGCUCAGUGUGUGGGAAAAGAUUCAGUUGGAGUGGCAAUCUUCAAUAUCAUCAGACAAUCCACACAGGGGAGAAGCCUUUUGAAUGCUUGGAGUAGUGUGGAAAGAGAUUCAAUCGAAAUGGCCAUCUUGAAACGCAUCAGAGAACCCACACAGGGGAGAAGCCUUUUGAAUGCUGGGAGUGUGGAAAGAGAUUUAGUGCAAGUUAUGCUCUUCAAAAACAUCAGAGAAUCCACACAGGCAAGAAGCCUUUUGAAUGCUUGGAGUGUGGAAAGAGAUUUAUUACGAGUGGCAGUCUUCAGUAUCAUCAGAGAACCCACACAGGGGAGAAGCCUUUUCAAUGCUCAGAGUGUGGAAAGAGAUUCAGUACGAGUGGCAGUCUUCAGUAUCAUCAGAGAACCCAUACAGGGGAGAAGCCUUUUAAAUGCUCAGAGUGUGGAAAGAGAUUCAGUAAGAGUGGCAGUCUUCAAAGGCAUCAGAGAAUUCACACAGGGGAGAAGCCUUUUCAAUGCUCAGAGUGUGGAAAGAGAUUCAGUACGAGUGGCAAUCUUCAGUAUCAUCAGAGAACCCACACAGGGGAGAAGCCUUUUCAAUGCUCAGAGUGUGGAAAGAGAUUCAGUACGAGUGGCGAUCUUCAAAAGCAUCAGAGAACCCACACAGGGGAGAAGCCUUUUGAAUGCUUGGAGUGUGGAAAGGGAUUUAUGUGGAAUGGCAGUCUUCAAAAGCAUCAGAGUAUCCACACAGGAGAGAAGCCUUUUGAAUGCUCAGAGUGUGGAAAGAAAUUCAUUCAGCAUGGCAGUCUUCAGUAUCAUCAGAAAACCCACACAGGGGAGAAGCCUUUUGAAUGCUUGGAGUGUGGAAAGAGAUUCAUGUGGAGUGGCAGUCUUCAAGAGCAUCAGAGAAUCCACACAGGAGAGAAGCCUUUUAAAUGCUCAGUGUGUGGAAAGAGAUUCAGUCAGAGUGGCAAUCUUCAAAAGCAUCAGAGAACCCAUACAGGAGAGAAGCCUUUUGAAUGCUCAGUGUGUGGAAAGAGAUUCAAUGAGAAUGGCAGUCUUCAAUAUCAUCAGAAAACCCACACAGGGGAGAAGCCUUUUGAAUGCUUGGAGUGUGGAAAGAGAUUUAGUACGAGUGGCAGUCUUAAAAAGCAUCAUAAAACCCACACAGGGGAGAAGCCCUUUGAAUGCUCAGUGUGUGGAAAGAGAUUCAGUCAGAGUGGCAAUCUUAAAUAUCAUCAGAAAACCCACACAGGGGAGAAGCCUUUUGAAUGUUUGGAGUGUGGAAAGAGA